AGAUGGUAAGAUCAGCGUAGUGUUUAUGUCACGUCUUGGCCAGAGUGGUCGGAAGGUCCUGAAGGCUUCAGGAAUAACUUGCCUGCUGUUUGAGUCUAUGAGAUCUCGUCUCUUGAAGUCUUGAGGUAUCGUCUGUUGAAGGAGGUCCUGCUGCUGCCUGCUGCUGCUGCUGCUGCCUGCUGCUGCUGCUGCCUGCUGUUGCUGGAGACUACCCAUCGGUGGCUCUGCUAGGGUUCUGACUUCUGGUUUACCGAAGCCCUGGUAUACUGAAUUACAGAAACACUGGUCUACAGAAGCUUUGGUCACCCUAAGCUUGAUAUACACAUGUUCUAGGGACUGUCACAAGCAACUCCCUACAGAAGUUGACCACAGGGCGGCUUUGGAUAGUAGAAUUCUCGAAACCGACUACAAGUAAACUACACAUAAGUUGGUCUACCGAAGCACUUUUCCGUCGUGCUACUUCCCUGAGUCAUGAAUAUCUAUCCACUCAUUCUUCUCCUCGGAGCCCUCAUCCCAGGGUCCAGAAGCUACUUCGGUAGCUUGUUUUUUCCGACGUACAUCACCAACGUCAACCUCACCAACCACACCAGCCAGAACCACAGCAACCACCCCAUUCAGACCUAUACCGACCACCCCAUUCAGAACUACACCGCCCAACAUGGCCCCCUCCGCGGUAGUGAUCAAGAUAGCAGUGACGUCAAACCAAGUCAGACUCACAAACACGACCACGGUACUGCUGCAGCUGCAGGAGAAGAGCCCCUAGCGGCAGUGCCUGUGUAUGUAUACAACGCCAGCACCCUCGGCGCCAGUCCUCACUGCCCCAUGCUGUAUACACGGGUCGGUCACCGCUGUCUCGCCUUCUUCACCAUCGCCAGGGUCCCGUGGACUACCGCCAGGGAGUUUUGUCAUGGUAUUUACGGCGACCUUCUCACCUUCAGUGACGUUCAACAAUACACUGAUCUGGUCGAAUAUCUCCAGGCUGCUGAGCUGGGCGUGGAGCUGUGGGUGGGUGGGCGCGAGACGGUGGAGGGGCUCCACAGGUGGGUGUGGAUGGACGGCACCCCCAUGCCCAUAGGCACCCCCUACUGGGCCAUCAGAUCGACAACCACCUCAGUACUUGGUCGCAAAAUCAACACCUACACCCAGGCGCCUUUCUGCCAAGUCCGCAGCCCCAGUGUGGAAAAGGAUCAGAACGGCAGAUGCGCUGCCAUGUCGCCCAAAUACUAUUACUACCUGACGGACGAGGACUGCAAGGACUGGAAGAGCCCCGUGUGCGUCCUGAGGGAGGGGGCGCAGGUGAUGGUGGUUGCAGGAGGCAGCCAGGUCACGUAUCCGGACAUCUUCCUGCCCACGCAGGACCCAACUAUCAUCACCGCCUCCACCAUCCAGCAGGGGGCGAGUCUCUCUUCAUCCUCCCCACCGACGCCCUCUCCAUCCUCCUCUUCCCCACCAACUCUCUCUCCACCCUCCUCUUCCCCACCAACUCUCUCUCCAUCCUCCUCUUCCCAUCCUCCGACUCCCACCUCGACCUCCAAAGAGGCUUUGGAAGGUUCAGGAGAUGAGGUGACCCAAAGCAACAAGCACCUUACUGAUGACUCCAGCGAGGAGGACGACGACGAUGAAGGCUCUGCGACGUGGCCAGACUUCUUAGAUGACAUCUUCUUAGAGUUUUAGAUCACCUUAAAUUGGGAUCAGUCUGAUCUCAUACAUAUUUUUUCUCGUACAAGGCCGCUUAUUAUUAUUAUUUAAUUACGGACUCAUUUGUUUAGUAGAAAUAGUGUCCUAUACUUGGAUAGGUUACAAUGCGAUUGGCAUUUUUUUAAUAGAAAUGUGAAUAAUGAAAACUAUUUCGAUUGUAUACAUAAAGGAUACUAUAACAUGUAACUUAUUUCGUGGAGGAAGAACAGAAUUUAGAUUUGCAGCUAAAUCUGCCUUUCCCUCUAUAUUAGAGAUAACCAAUAGUUCUCAAUCUGUCAUUGUGUGACAUACAGAACCUGUUAUCAGUCGUGAGGCAUAUUUGGGUCCUGUUAUCAGUAGUGAGGCAUAUGUGGGUCCUGUUAUCAGUAGUGUGACUUAUGUGAAUCCCAUUAUAAGAACUGUCACCUGUGUUGUCAUAAUUAUAUAAUAUGCUUUCGUGUCAAUGGGGGUCAAUAGUCUAUCAACUAUUGAUACCAGCAGCAUUUAAGGGGGUUUCUAAUUUAUAUAGUAACAUUUGUGUUGAAAAUUUGUAGAAUGCAACUUGUCCUCUCGAAUAUUACAAUGCAUUUUGACAUGAAAAUUCCCAACGGAUACAAUAGAAUGUACUAUAAAUCACAGCUGCUUACAGAAGUUCACGUUUUCUAUGCGUGGGUCCUUGAUUAGGUUAGACUCGGACAAUCUAGUACAUCAUUUUUCUGUCCGUUGUGAACAACUCGAGAGGACGGGCUGGAUAUUAAUAGAUAUAACUCGUAUAUGUAGCAGGUAUGGGCGCAUGUGUAUGUGUGCAGCAGUUGUGUAUAUGUGUGUGCAGUAGUUAUGUAUAUAUAUGUAUGUGUGCAGCAGUUGUGCACACAAAGAGUCCUCGAGGUUGGUAAGGCACUCGCCUGGCGUUUCACGAGCACUUUGUCCUGGGUUCGUAUCCUGGCCAGGGAGGAUUAACUGGGCGCAAAUCCUUAACUGUAGCCUCUGUUUAACCCAUCAGUGAAAUGUGUACCUGGUUGCUAAACGAUUUAGUGAGUCGUAUUUCGGGGAAUAUUGGAUUAAGGAUUUACCCGAAACGUGCUAGUGGCUGUACAGGAAUGUAAGAACUCUUGUAUAUAUAAAUACAUCAAAAAUAAAUAAAUGGCUGUAUACAAUAAUUAUGUAUACAUGUAUGUGUGAAAAUAUCUGCUAUUUAACAAAUGAAUUUAUUACAAUUCUGUUUUCAUGUCAUAUUUUCUUUACACACACACACACACACACACACACACACACACACACACACACACACACACACACACACACACAUCUUCAUUCUCUGAAUCUUAUAUAUAUAUAUCGAUAAACUGUUACUCUGAUCGUCCUGUUUUCUUUUCACACUCUUAAAGCCUCGUGGGUAAACUCUGGUAAAAUUAUGCUGUUCACUUUUUAACCAUUUUUGAUGACACCAUUUUCGUUACCACUAGUUUGUACAGGAGAGAAGAUGGGGAAUAAAAGAAUAAUAAUUCAAAAUAAUUAAA